CAAGAGCUGGCUUGCUGUGAAGACACAUUUGUAAAUAUUAACUCAGCGUUAUAGCGCGACGCUCACAUAAAUCAUGUGAUUGGUAGAUUCGAUGAUGACGUCGAUUAGAGUGCGGAUGUGGCGUUUCCUUUUACGCGUCAGAGACGCACUGAACUUCAGCCGCAGAAACAAGGUGCAGCAAUUAACAUUGUGUAAUGAAGGUGAUUCCAGAGCAGACUCUAUGAGUCUCAAUACAUGAGUGACUUAACUGAAGAUCAGUCUUGCCAAACUGUGAGAGACUUAAAAACAACCUCAUUAUGAUAGACCUGAGCCAUCUGACAGAAGAAGAGCAAGCGAUGAUCAUGGCGGUUUUAAAUAGAGACUCUGAACUGAAGAAAUCAGAGGAAGAACGAAUCAAGCAGUUGCAGAAAGAGGUCCCAGAGGAAGACAGACGUAAGUACAUGACAGGUGAAUGGUUUUACGAAGUGAAGUCGCAGAGACAUCAGGACAGAAUUCAUGGAUCAGACAUCAUCAUAGCAUCAAUGAAACAGCAACAGAAAUCCACAAUUGAUGCUGCGUCUGCACUUGCGGACUAUUUAACAAGGUCAUGGGGGAAAAGUUCCAGUAGCUUUAACAAAAAGAACAGAGAUGACAUCUCAGAGGGGCCAAUGGAGAGGCAGUUGCAGAAAGAGGUCCCAGAUGAAGACAAAUGUAAGCACAUGACAGAUGAAUGGUUUUACGAAGUGAAGCCGCAGAGACAUCAGGACAGAAUUCAUGGAUCAGACAUCAUCAUAGCAUCAAUGAAGCAGCAACAGAAAUCCACAAUUGAUGCUGCGUCUGCACUUGCUGACUAUUUAACAAGGUCAUGGGGGAAAAGUUCCAGCUUUAACAAAAACAACAGUGAUGACAUCUCAGAGCAGCCAAUGGAGAGGCAGUUGCAGAAAGAGGUCCCAGAAGAAGACAAACGUAAGCACAUGACAGAUGAAUGGUUUUACGACGUGAAGUCUGAGGGACAUCAGGACAGAAUUCAUGGAUCAGACAUCAUCAUAGCAUCAAUGAAGCAACAGAAACCCACAAUUGAUGCUGCAUCUGCACUUGCGGACUAUUUAACAAGGUCAUGGGGGAAAAGUUCCAGUAGCUUUAACAAAAACAACAGCGAUGACAUCUCAGAGCAGCCAAUGGAGAGGGUAAACCAGGAUAGUACACCAGAGGUCGAGGAAGAAAGUCUAAACAGAUGCAUGAGAUCACCAUCUAAGCCGAGGCACAACCCAUUCAACGGUAUUCCAGUGGAGCCGGACUUUGAAGAGACAGGUAGUCUGUUUACCAGUGAAUCUGAACUCAGGACAUCAUCUGCUGAUAAAGCCUUUGAUUCAGAAGUAAAACCUCAGGAACCAAACCACGCUGAAAAUAAUGAGUUCUCUAACAUCGUGCCCAACAUAACCCCUCGUCAAAAGCCAGUGCCGAUGAAGAGGACCAAAAUCUUCAAACCCCAGGGCUCUUUAUCUGACAGUGCCAGCUCUGUGUCCAGCCAAAGUAUGUCAACCCAGAGUACUUCCACCAAGAGCGUGACCACCACAGAGGACUCCGCUAUCAGAACUCCUGCGCCAAGAGGUAUCCUCAAAAAUAGCUCCUGCGAGUCCACCGUUAAGAGCCAGCUGCCACAGCCAAUUCUGAAUAAUGUUCACCAAAACAAUUAUCAAGAAAAGGACUCUGAGGAGCGUAGAAGUAUUUUGGACAGUAGGGAGGAACCAAAUAGGAGAUCACUAAGCGAAGAGCCACCCAAGUGCCCCUCACUGUCGAAGGUGCCAAAGUCACGUUUACCAGUAAUAAGCCAGUCGCAAAUGACGAACCUUUCUCAGGACAUACAGGAGACAGAGAAAAUACAAAAGCGUCCGAGUCUGAACUCAAUCUCAAGAGUAGAUGAUGACAAGAAAGUGGAAGACAGUUUGAAACCGCAAAGAAAUACAUAUAAUUGUCUUCCUCUGUCAUCAAGUAUAGAACGUGGGGAUCAAAAGAUAUCUGAUGAAAUUAUGGAGACUUCUUCUCAUGAGAAUGCAAGGACCACCAACACUAUACAAGCACUGGAUGUGAUGACUGCUUCCCAACCUUCACAGCAAAGAUCUGAGACUGUCGAGAGUCACAUGAUCGUCUUACCAAAUGUGCAGAUGACAAGAGCAGAAGAACAUCUUGGGCAUGCUGUUGAUCAACAAUUUUCCAGUUCCUUCAACAUAGCAGAUUCUUCCAAGAAGGCAAAUUCUUCUACUGAUCUUGAGCUUGAGAGCAGCCCGUCUGCAUUUAAUAUAAAACGAAAUACUAAUAAUUCAUUUGAAUCACAACCAGCUGUUGCAACAUAUUCACCCAUUCACACUCCUAGUGCUGAACAUGGAAAAUCCAUCACCAAAGUUCUUGAGUGGUUCAGCAGAAGCUCAGACAGCAGUGAUAUGCUUGAUGUGGAGAGUAAUCAGGACACGGAGGAGGACACUAAAAUUGAUGACAUAGACUUGGAGGAUGCAGCUAAUUUGAAAGUCAAAACAAGGGAGAAUGUGUACCUGAUCAUGCCACGCCAAAGUGAAGAGAAUUCGUCAGAAGUUGAUUCCAUAUUUUUACAAGGGACAAACUGGGGACACGAGAAAAGUAUUGACGAAGCACGUCCAACUACUCCCAAACCACGGAGAAGAUCUGAGUCCACUCAUAAACAUUCUCCCAUUAUGAACCCUCCAACUAACUUUACUUUUACAGACAUCCCAAACACUGUCACUGAGUCAGAUGAUAAUGUAUUUUGGACUCCAGAUGAAAAUAAGGAAGACUCUUUUAUCAGGCAUGAGACAAGAGAAGAACCCAAAGUUGAACUUGAAACUAAUGUUAUCAAAGUUCUUCAACCCAAAGAGAGAACAAGUGUUAAAGAAGAUCAAAGACCAAAACUUGAUUCUCUAAAAUCAUUCUGGGAGAAGGAAAACACUGGUCCAAAGAUUUUGAUCGGUAGAUCAAAUGUACCUGCUAAAAAUGAACCUCUCACACUUGAUGUCAGCACAGAGUCAAAUAAAGGUGGGAAUGACCAAAGGAAAGAUGAACUAGAGAAGAACUUGAGAUCUCCAGAACAUCAAAGAAAUGAGACAGUGAGUGUUGUGGAAGUAUCAGAGUUCAAGGAUGUCGUGAGUACAAACACAAUCCAGUCCGUUCCCAAUGUUACAGGUGACUCGAAAGUUUCCCAACUGAUCUAUUCCAAUCCAAAAAAAGACCAAAUACUCUCAAGCUCUUCCACUGACAAAUGCGCUACCUCUGUUCCACAUUUAAAAUCAUCAUCAUCAUCCCUUGAUAGUGGAUCUUUGUUGGCGCAUCAAGACAUUGAAAGAGGCACUGUUAGCAUAAACAAUAGUGAUGGGGAUUGCGCCGCACCUAAAGUAUUAGAAACAAAAUCUACUACUCCACCAAGGCCAAGGCCAACUCCAUUCCCUCGUGCUAAGCAGCAAGAAAACAUGGUGGACAAGAUCAAACAACUCAAGUCCUUCUGGGAAAAUGAAAAAAAGACAUCGGCUCAAAAGAGUAAUUCCUCAAUGGCUUCUACUGCUAAGUUGAACAAAAGAUUUACAAAGUCUGAGUUUGAUCUGACUACAGUAGGUACUGAAUUUGAUGAUGUUUUUGAGGAUGAUACUAAUGAUAAAGGCAGUCUAUCCUCUGGUUUCUCCAUGCAUACUUUACAGAAAGGUAAGCCAGCUGUGAUAGACGGUAUGAGUACUUCACAAUUUAAAAAUCUCAGAGACUUCUGGGGAGGAUCACCUAAAAACCAAACGGGACAAACCUCACCAGUUUCUAAAAGUGGAAUUCAGAGAACUUUUGACCAACCGAAAAAGCAUAGCAAAUCAGUCGGUACAUCCAAAGAGACAGAUUCCUUUAUAGACGCAACUUCACAUGCGCAAGUAAAAAUGUACAAUAAACAAUCAGAGAGAAGCAUUCCUGUUAAACUUUCUGAGAGCCAGACCAAUACCAAACAAGCUGCACUUAAUGCUUCUGCAAAGAGAAGAGAUACUACAAGACAAGAAUCUGGAUCAAAAAGCAGCUCGUCAAAUGUAGACUCGGAUGAAGCAAUCUCCCAUGGCGUGUCUCAUCCCGUUCAGACUUCUGUAAAACACAUAACACCACCUAAACCCUCUAUAGGUCAAGAAUCACAACCUCAACAGAGAAAAAGCAGAGGGAAAGGCCGUCUGAAUGUUAAAACCAAUUCAAUUCGACGUGCCUCCAGCAUGUUUUCUAUUAACACCGAUGUUGAGGAGCAAAGCCAAGACGUCAGCCAUCUUCAGUCCAAAACGUCACAGACUCCCAAUCUUCACCAGGUGAAGAACACAACAGAAAACAAUCUGCCACCAUCCAAGAAAACACAAGAAUCUAGCGACACCCUGCCAAAAACACCCACAGAAUAUUCUCUGCAAGACAAAGAGGGGAACAUUCAGACUAGACCAUCGCGUUCAUCAGAAGAGAACGAUGUUCAACCUCUUGCUAGGUCUUUUAUUCCUCCCGAUUUCCAGCACUAUCUUGGAAUCACAGAGAAAAGUGAUAUGUACACUCCACCUUCGGUUACAGGGAAGAUGGAUGAGGAUGACUAUGUUUGUACCUCAUUCACAACUUCUACAGAGAAUAGCUGCAAAUGUAAAUGUUCUCCUGUAAGAACCAGUACUCCCGUGCCAGGUUCUCCUGACCUUCAAACCAGGAAAGGAAGCCUGGGUCAAACUGAUGGACAUGUCUGUCAUAAUGCUUCUCAGAUCAGUGCACCAGAUACCCCAUCCCACACAAAGAGUAAUAUAAACUGCGAUGAGAGUUUGGUUCAGAAAGCCUUGAAAAGAGCUUCAACUAGACCUGUGUACCAUAAGAGCAUGGACAAUAUCAGCACAUCUCCCGGCCAAAAUAUCAAGCACAUGGACGACUUUGAGCAGGUCCCUAGCACAUUUGUCGAGACUUCCUUCACCACCUCAGACUCAGAGCACCUGAAACAACUCAGCAAAUCAGUGCCCUCCUUUCUGCAAAAAGAGAGUGAUGAAGAAGAGAGUGAUGAAGAAAACAGUUCCCGAAGCGGCGUCCCUCUGAAAAACUUCAGACAAUACACAAAUCUUGACAGCUACUCUGGCUUUGCAUCAAUGUCAUCUGUUAGCGGCAGCGUUGCGAGUGUCUAUAGCAGUGACUAUGGCAGUGUCGAAGUUCAAGGCAUCAUUCAGUUUUCACUGAACUAUGUGCAAAAGUUGCGGGAGUUUCACAUUUUUGUGAUUCAGUGCCAGAAUAUUGCAGCAGUGGACAUGAAGAAGAAUCGAUCAGACCCGUAUGUCAAAAGUUACCUCGUACCUGACGCGGCCAAUCUGGGGAAAAGAAAAACUUCUGUGAAGAAGAAAACUUUGAAUCCUAUAUACAAAGAGAUUCUUAGAUACAGAGUCAGAAAGGACUACUUGAAGUCUCAGGUUCUCAAUCUUUCAGUGUGGCACCAUGACACAUUUGGCCGUAACAGCUUCCUGGGAGAGACAGAGUUUGACCUCUCAUUAUGGAAUUUUAAUGAUACAGAGAGGAAGUUUUUGCCUCUUAAACCAAGGAAUCGCUCCGGUCAGUCUUUAACCAGUCUCCAGCCCUCGGAUUUAAGAGGACAGAUAAGAUUGGCUGUACGAUUCCUUCCCCAGAUCUCCCAUUCUAAAUACGUUCCUGGCACAGGUGAAGUGCAUAUCUGGGUCAAAGACUGCAAGAAUCUCCCUCUUAUCAGAAGCCCAUCAAUUGACCCAUAUGUAAAAUGCUUUGUACUGCCCGACACCAGCAAAAAGAGUCGUCAGAAAACUAGGGUGUUAAAGAAGACGACCAGCCCCAUGUUUAAUCACACCAUGGUAUAUGAUGGGUUCAGAGCAGAGGACCUGAAAGAAGCCUGCAUUGAGCUCACAGUUUGGGAUCGGGAUCGUCUAGCCAAUCAUCUCCUCGGAGGCCUAAGACUGGGCAUGGGCACAGGUAAGAGUUAUGGAGCACUGGUGAGCUGGAUGGACUCGACACCAGAGGAGGUGGAUUUAUGGAGACGAAUGAUGGAGGCUCCCAAUGAAUGGGUAGAAGACAUAUUACCACUGAGGAUGCUAGCAACAGACAAAAAAUCUUGGAAAUGAGAUUACAGUGAACCACAAAGUUUAUUACUACUAUCAAUGUAUAUAUUUCUGCACAUUUACUAUUUUGCACACUUAAUAUCAUCCUAUUUAUAAUAGGUUAGGCUUUUCCCAGCAAUUUGUAUGUUUAACCGAGUCAGAAAGCUUGACAUUAGGAAACCCAGUUUAAUAAAUAAGACAAAGCUAUAUUUAGUCAGUCUUUAUGUAGUGUGUGGUUAGUUUGGAAUAGCAUCUAGCAACUAGCUACUGUUUCUUAAAGGUGACAUUUCACAAGACUUUUUUAAGAUGUCAUAUAAAUCUUUGGUGUCCCCAGAGUAUACAUGUGAAGUUUUAGCUCAAAAUACAAUAUAGAUAAUUUAUUAUAACAUGUUAAAAUUGCCACUUUGUAGGUGUGAGCAAAAUUGUGCUGAUUUUCGGUGUGUCCUUUAAAAUGAGCAGAUCUCUGCACCAAAUGGCAAUGCCGUGGUUGGAUAGUGCAGAUUAAGGGUCUGUAUGACAUCACAAGGGAAGCCAAAUUUCAAUGACCUAUUUUUUCACAUGCUUGCAGAGAAUGGUUUACCAAAACUAAGUUAAUGGGUUGAUCUUUUUACAUUUUCUAGGUUGAUAGAAUCACUGGGGACCCAAUUAUAGCACUUAAACAUGAAAAAAGUCAGAUUUUAAUGAUAUGUCCCCUUUAAAGGGAUAGUUCACUUAAAAAUGAUGAGUAAAUAAACAGUAUAUUUUCAUAUUCAUAUACAGUAUGCUUUACAUAGGUGAAUAUGUAAGUACACAACAUACAAAAGAGCACUAUAUUGUAUUUCACCUUUGACUUUUUAUUUCCAGUGUAACAAAACUAACUUUAUAUAAUGUGAUUACUGUGACAAAAUGUAAUUAAGGAUGCUACUUUUAUUUUAAAGAAGAAAAGAGACAUUAAACAUAACAAAAUCACAACACUUUAUUAAAUGUACUGCUAUUUAAAAUGUCUGUUUAACAGUGCAUACUACACAUAUUAUUGAUAACAUAUAAUAAUAGGC